AUGCGUGAAGCAUACGAUGUCGUCAAAUCGGGCGGAUUGCUAGAGUUUGAACAUCACCUCCACGAUUCUGGUUGCAGUGAAACUUCUUAUUCUUCUAUUGGUAGCACUUCAACUUUCGGUAGCCCUGCAAGUCUGUGUUCUACUAUUUCAUAUGUGCCAACAGAAUCAUCAGGCUUGUACGUACCAAAAUCUAGUUCGUAUUCUUCAUCUUUCGCCCUAAGCUUAACUCCAACAUCUCCAAAAGUACUAUCUAAGAAGCGGGACAGACCUACUUAUCUUGGCUUAGAAGCUACCUCAUCUUCUUUCGGAGGAUUUUUGGAAAAGCCUGUUAGAAAAAGUUCCUUACAUUGUGCAGCAGUAAUCGGACCAAUUCCUGAAUCUGGAACAAGUCCAACUGAAGGUAAACGUAGUAGAAUUUCAGCAUUAUUAUCUCCUACUCGAUCUCCCAGUGCAUUACUGCCAUCUCCUUGCACUGGUUUGUCAAAAUUAGAGAUAUCGUCACCCUUAGAAGAGUAUCGGUCUUUGUUAUCAUUUGCGCGUGCUCCAUCGUCCAUCGCACCUGGUCAUGUACUUCCGGGUCCUGAAACAACUGAUCUCAUGCUCAAGUUCAGGCCAUUCCUUUCAUCCUCCACUAGUUUGCAAACUUUAAAGUUUGAGCCAUGCUCUACUGUUUUGCCAUUACACCCCAUCCAGCUAACAACUGCAUUUUCACCUGGGAAUAUCCUUAGACUUCGUCGUUCGUCAUCUACAAUUGCUACUGUGAGACCAACUCUACUUGCUCACCGUCGUCUUUCUUCUCACGCAAGUGCACCACCAACCCCAAGACCAAUCUCCGUUGAAACAGGUCAUGUGGUUUAUCACAACCUUUUGCAUUCGCGUGGGUCAUUUCCUUUACCAGGCAGUCUACCUGCUACAAAUCCGUCUAGGGUAAGAGAGCUAAGUCCUUGUAACCCUAUAUCCCAAGAGCCGAAACUGGAAUACGAGCAAUUGCAGAAAUGUGAUACCAGUUUCGAUGUAAAUAAACAAAGUGAGGUAUCAGUUAAUUUAGCCGAAUGUUCAAGUUUAUUUUCCGGUUUCCAAGGUCCUAGUCUGCACAGUAAUUUACCAUUCCCAUUUUGCAAUGAAGACAUUAACAAAAGCCGUGCAGAAAAUGAUCAGAUGUAUUUACCUGUCUCACUAAGGUAUAAUAACUCUUCCAAGUCAAGUCAACUCAGUCGUAGUGCACCUUCACAGCGUGAUAUAGACUUGGUAUUCUGUACAGAUCAAGGUGUUGCAGUCAACUCCAGUCGCCGUUUCUCUUUUACACACAGUUCUUUACUUGUUCGUAGUGAGCUUGUUUCAUCAUCUCCUUCUCUAACAGAACUGAAAAGAUCCGACUUAGCACAAACUUCAACCACUAUAACAAUAUCGGCUGUUGCUGCUGCCGCACGGUUGUUACCACAAGUUAGCGGCAGCAAGUCUUCAUGUCGACGCCAACAACAAUCCUUUGUGCAAUCAUCCAGUAGUAGCAGUCCUUCUUCAUCUACUAGCCAUAACUCAACCCAUAGCAGUAAUUAUGGUCUAUUUCCUAUUUCUUGA